GCUACCUCAGCGGACGCGCUGAGAGAUGAAGUGGCUUCGAUGAAAACUGCAUUGUCAAGCCUUGAGCAUCAACAACCCAACAUACAACAAAGCGCGCAGAUCAAGAGUGAAGAGAGUGAGACCCGCAUCCAGCGUAGAAUGGAUGAGAUGGAUGUGUUGUUGAAACAUUUCUUUGAACGUGUGGAUGGGAAUGAGAAACUCUGUGAGAAGCUUAGACAGCAGUCAGAGGAUCUCACCAGCCGGUUUGAAACCUUGCAAACUCACGUUGAUGUGGGGUUCAGCGGGGAGUCCGGAGCUUCAUCGUUUCGUCCUCAACCUCGGAUGCCCCAGCAGAUUGCAGAAGAGGUACAUUUUGAGAGAUUUGAGGAGGAGGCGAAGGCUCAGGAAAUCAUUGAAACCCCAAACCAUCGCUCAACAUCAGGCGUCCAGAUGUUCCAGAUGACUCCCCAGCGCGAUGGAGCUGAGGAUCCGUGGCAGAAGGAUGCUGUUGAUGAGUGGCUAGACCAGGAAGAGGACCCUCAGGUUGUGCAGUCAGCUACUGCAGAACCUCCAGGUCUAAGAAAUUCUGGUGCGAAGAUUCCGGCGGGACAGUGGAAAUUGAUCAAGGAUUUUCCCAAACUCACGAUUCCUCAUGGGGAACCGUGGGAAAAGGGAAUGGUGUUUAGACAGUGGUGCACAGAAGCCGCGUCAGAUGCGAUCUCCCCAUCUUUUGCCCCGUUCUUCCGAAAGCGAGUGCAGGCGGUAUCCAGUAUUGCAUUGAUGGAGACAGUGAGCGAGGCAACUUCCCACCGCAUCAUCUUGCAAGGAGUUGCUUGCUACGCUCAGGAACUGGAGACUGGCCAAGCAACGCGCGGAUCAUUUAGGAGUGCCAGAACAGGCUCCUCACGAGUCGAUCGCUGCACUGAACAGUUUAUGCCAACAGCUGGAGAAAAACACGCUUUGUUGGGAACAAGACUGAGCUUACUUAGAUUGCAGCAUAAUAUCCAGGUACCAUCCCACGACGGGGUGACAUCGUUCCUUCAGGUAUUGGAAGCCGAAUGUACCCGGAUUCAAGCUGAGGAGCAGGCAUCUUCGUCGUGCAAGGACCAUCGGAAACAUGAGGGUGACGAGUAUGCCAUUCCUUCGGCCAAUCAGGCUACUGGGAGAAAGGGUGUCGGUGCAAAGCCGUUAUGCUCUUACUUCAAUACGGCCAGAGGUUGCCUAAAGGGAGCAGAUUGCGAGGUCAGGCAUGAAAAGAUUGCAAACAAGGGGAAGGGUGCCAAGGGCAAGGGCGGAAAGGAUGGGAAGGAUACUGGAAAUCCCUCUUCUGACAAGGGGAAACCAUCUAGCAAGGGUGACGCGAAAGCGACUGCAGAUGCAAAGGCGGCUGAAGAAGCAAAGGCUAAAGCCGCUCAAGAAGCGAAGGCCAAGGCGAAAGCAGAGAAAAGGGCAGCCAAAGCAGCAGCAAAGGCAGCAGCGUCAGCUAAGGCUUCGUCGGUGGUGACAGUUGCUAGCGCGGUUUCAGAGGAAGUCCCAUCGUUGGUUGGUGCGGUAGGGUUGACUUCAUCCCGGUCAACAGCUCCACGCAUCAUGAUGGCACAGAGUCCAGAUUGUGAGAGUGACGAUGUGAGCGGAUCAGAGUCACUUGAAUCAGAGAUUCCUAUGAGGGCUGAGUGA